GAGGAGCAAUGAGUGGAACCAUGUGCCUCGCGCCGAUUCCGUACAUCGCACACUUAUUGGCAUUAGUGACAGCUGUGCAAAACAUGAGUGGGAUUGUCGGGGAAGAUAUCUGGAGGUCGUAGGGAGUUGAGGGAGAGGCCGGGAGAGUGAUCAAAAAGGGGAAACUGUUUCGUGGGUCUGUUGCAUGGGGACUUGUCAUGUCGCCCAAGAUUUGUGUCUGCCGCCUGAUAACAGUUCUGCCCCCUUAUCUCUGCGCCCGUUAUUUCACUGUCCGCUAUUUCACUGCCCCUCAUUUCACUGUCCUUUAUUUCGCUGUCCGCUGUUUCAGUGCCCGUUAUUUCAGUGCCCGUUAUUUCAGUGCCCCUCAUUUCAUGCCCGUUAUUUCAGUGCCCCUCAUUUCAGUGCUCGUCAUUUCAGUGCCCCUCAUUUCAGUGCUCGUCAUUUCAUUGUUCGUUAUUUCAGUGCCCGUUAUUUCAGUGCCCCUCAUUUCAGUGCCCGUUAUUUCACUGCCCCUCAUUUCACUGCCCCUCAUUUCUGCGCCCCUAUGUACUCAAUUCUGUGUCGCCUGGGAGUUCCAUGUUGCGUAACGGCAAAAUUCGCAUAUGAGGGGCGGCUUAUGUGUAGCUUGGGUUUGGUGAGGCGCGCCGACUUCCACGCCUAAAGGAUACUCCCAGACACAGACAUGCAGUCAUUCAUUUCCCCUACCUUAUCUUAUUCUCGUUCCCUCCCUUCCGUGUGUUGCAGGUGUUCCAAGCACUCCGUGUUGGUAGGAACGAUUGGAACGUAAGGUACAGUCUCUACAGGGGCUUGUGAGAGACUGGA